AUGCCACGUCAGACUACUUUGUCCGUCGUCUGCCUGAGCACCGGCAGAGGGGCUUCGAUGGUGUAUGAGGGGAACUGUAGCACAGCCUAUGUGCUCUGCGUGGGUGACGCCCCGGUUGUUCUCUUUGGUAUUGGAUACGGAGUGACUCGCCAGUGUCUCCGCUACUUCGGUACCAUCCCCACUAAUAUUGCAGUGUUUUCUAACCGUUCCCAUAUGUCAGCAGAACUCCCCGUGGUGAUUGCUGUUGAAGGUCGCAAGGGGAGGCACCCCCGGAUCGUCGCUAGCGAAACGGUGAUGAUGCGCCUCAUGCAGCACAGGUUGGCGGAAAUGCACUCCCGAGCAGCGUUUGGUGUACCCGGGGAGGGCGGUGUUUGCGACUUUGUCAAUCUCCAAACCGAUGAAUCAUCUCCAACAGUACCGUACCGUCUGCCCGACUUUCCAUCUGUCUCCCUUGUGGCGUUCGACGCGGUUUCUUCACUGGAGAGUUCCUGUGGAUUCGUUGUGCUGCAUCAUGGCAGUCCUGUACUUGCGCUGACAGGAGACUGUGCGUACGACGCGCAACGAUACCAAGAGGUGCUCCGUAUGGCACCCGUGGUCAUUGUCGACGGACGGAAGAAAGGUUCGCCGGACCAUGCGUCGUUUGCUGAUAUUACCCGCGCGGUGGAUGACUGCAGGAGCAAUGGCGGAGGACCACGUAGAGUAUUCAUUGGGCAGUAUGGGGCCCCGGCUGAUGCACCACCAGUUGUUUCUGGUGCAACAGUGCUUCCGAUCGUGGAGGGUGCUGUGGUGGAACUAAGCGAGGGAGUAUGCAUUGGGGAUGCAGAGGAGCUGCUUGUUCCACCAGCACCAUCGGCGAUAGACAUGUGCGAAAGCACCAAAACCGUAUGUUGUGAUAGAUCCGAGGGAGAGGAAGCACCGAGCUCUUUUGUCAUGCGCAUGGCCCACACUGGAGGUGGCGGAGGACAAGAUGCACUGCAUGAAGGGAGCUCAUGCAGGAGGGGACGGGGUGCCGGCAUUGGGGACUGGCAGUGUGGAGGAAAGGAAGCUGUGAUUGUACCCGAAGCGAAUUUGGGGAGCAUAGGUGUAUCUGCAGCGUUCGAGGAGUACAUGCAACGGGCUUAUUGCGCCCUCCAGAGGUAUCCCACGCAGGAGGGGGGUGUGAGUGGGGUUGUCCAGAUGCGCAGCAACAACACAAACGCCCCGCGAGGCCCCAACGAAGCGCCACCCAGUAGGGCACAGUCUGCAGAGGUUCCUAAUAGGCCUCGUGGUGAGGAGUCGACGAAGCACACCACAGGGUACACAUGCAGAUUCACGGCUCUGAAGACAUGA